AUGCCCACUAGGAUCCAAUUGUCCCAACAAGCAUGUCCCACAGAUAUUCCUGAAUGUAUGAAUUAUAAUGCUGGGUUUUGUGCUGAGGGUCCAAAUUGCAAGAAUCGACACGUGAGAAGAACUAUAUGUCCGUAUUAUAUGGCUGGAUUUUGUCCAAAAGGUCCCGAGUGUGAGCAUACACAUUCGAAAUUUGAUCAUCAUAACUUGUAUUUGAGAAUAAAACCAGACCCUGUGAGAAUAACGCAAAAAGAUGAGGAUGUUGAGAGGAGCAAUGGCGUCCAUGAUCAAACCGACGCUAACUUGAAUGAGAGGAAUGCAAUAACUGUAUAG